AUAUACGGUAUAAUAUCAUCACUUUCUCAAACCUUAUCAACAACCUCAUAGAUAACUCCGCCCUGCAUUUUUCUUCUUCAUCAAAUUCUCUCCUUCUUCCUUUUUUUUUUCAUACUUAUUUUUCGUCUCUCCUUUUGAUAUCUAUAUAUUGCCGGCGGCUGGCGGGAGAGAGAUCCGUUGAUUGAUGGAUUGGAGAGAUCCGCUUCAAAUUUAGAUUCAUAGACCGGACAUGACCAAAAAGGCUCGAAAAAAUCCUUUGAAAUCAAGGCUCCAUGGAAACUCUUACAGAUUCUUGACGGGCGAUGUGAUUUCUCGGGCCGCAUUCGGGAGUAGCCAUGAAGGGAGAAGGAUUUUCGAGCUCCAAAAGGAAAUGGUGAAGCUCGUUUUGGAGUUGCUGCAGUUCAUAUUCAUCCCUGGAUGGAGAUUUGUCCCGACCAAGGCAAACAAGAGAAUGAAAGCGUACUCGGAGGAAGUCGAGUUCUUGUUGAGGGGCAUUAUUGACCAAAGGAUCAAGGCAAUGAGAAGGGGAGAAAAAGUUUGUGAUGAUUUGCUAACCACAUUGUUGGGGUCGAAUUCGAAAUCGGACGGAACUCACAAAAAUGGGAACCAAACCGACAAGAAAAUGAGCAUCGAUGAUGUGAUUCACGAGUGCUGAAUCUUCUACUUUGCGGGUUCCGAAACAACUUCGCUUCUACUCGUGUGGACAAUGGUGAUGCUCGCCAAGCAUCAAGAGUGGCAAGACCGUGAGAGAGAGGAAGUCUCUCGAGUGCUUUCCAAUGACGAGCCGAAUUUGGACAACCUUACUCGCCUCAAAAUCGUGAGAUCUCUUUUUAGUGUUUGAAAGACUAAAGAUUCUUGAUUCUCAACUAAUUUUCAAUCUUAUUAUAGUAACAAUUAAAACAUAGGUGACCAUGAUUCUCAAUAGGUCUUGAGGCUAUAUCCAAAGAAUGUGUAGUGAAAUAUAUAUAAGUACUGGAAUUAAAUAAACAAUAUUGAAAGUGGUACUUUAGCUAUGUUCCUCGUGAUCCAAUAGAAAUACAUUCCUUAUGAUCUUUAAGAUUUUUCUUCCUCGUUGAUUUUUGAUGUUGCUAAAGUUUUGGAAUACUUUUAUGAGACCAUCAAAAUAGCAUACUAUACAUUCGUUAGUUUAAAGAAUCUUUUUG